AGGGAUCGUGACCCAUCGAGACGCGGCGGGAUCGUGUCAGUGAUCGGUGCCAGAGGAGCAGUAAGGAACCAUGGAGACCCGCAGGGACAGAAAGCAGCCGAUGAAGGCGAAGACUUCCAAGCGGAAAGAGAAGAAAUCUAAAAGUGGGAAGUUCGUCAGGAGGAAAUCUCUGCGCUCUAUCGGGAAUUUCAUGGGAAGGAUCCUGAAAAGUUUGGGCACUUUAGCGCACUUCGGCGACGCGGAGCCGCCGGACGCAGAGGAGGACGACGGCGGCUUCAGGGGAGGCUUCUCCCAGAGCUCCAGGGAAGGAGCCAAGAACCGGAGCUCCGCGGCCUCCUCUCAGCGCGGCUCGGUGAAGGAGAGGCUGUCCUGGUGCUACGGCGACAAAACGCCCGGCGCGCUGGGUCUGAAGAACCACGGAAACACCUGCUUCAUGAACGCGGUGGUCCAGUGCCUCAGCAACACCGACCUGCUGGCGGAGUACCUCGGCCUGGGCCAGUACAAGGCGGAUCUGUGCCGCUCCGGGAGGGCGAACGGGGAGGUGAGGGCGGAGGAGGCGCGGAGCUCCGGGGGAGAGGUGACGGAGCAGCUGGCGUCGCUGGUUCGCGCGCUGUGGACGCUGGACUACACCCCGCAGAUGUCUGGGGAGUUCAAGAGCAUAGUGUCAAAAUACGGCUCUCAGUUCCGAGGGAACUCUCAGCACGAUGCCCUCGAGUUCCUCCUGUGGCUUCUGGACAAAGUUCAUGAAGAUGCCAGUCCAGGUUCUGACAACAACAACAGCAGCAACAGUAAGACCAAAGGCAGCAGUAAG